AUGUCUUUUUUGUUGAAAUCGAUGGUGAGUGGACAGGUGAAGAAUUUAGGACUUGGGGGUAGAGAUGAAGAAAAGAAAGAUGAAGGAGGCACUUCGGACCCUGCAGCUGCAGCAGGCAUGACUAGAGAAGAAUAUGAAGAAUACCAAAAGCAGAUGGUGGAAGAAAAAAUGGAACGUGAUGGUCUGUUUGCACAGAAGAAAGCAGAAAGAGCAACACUAAGGGUUCAUUUAAGAGAAAAGUACAGACUCCCAAAGAGUGAACAGGAUGAGAAUCAGAUUCAAAUGGCCAGAGAGGAUGUUGAGCUGCCGGAAGAGCUGAGGAAGAUGGUAAAUGAAGACCAAGAGGAAGAAGAUGACAAAGAUUCUUUCAUUGGGCAAAUUCAUAGCCUCCAGAAUAUGGAUGCCGAUCAAAUAAAAGAAAAGGCCCAGGCAACAUUUAGUGAAAUAAAGCAGGCUGCUGAACAGAAAUGCUUCAUAAUGUGA